AUGGCAGAAAAGCCCUUGACAGAGUGGAAGAGUGGACUCUUGGACUGCUUUGAAGAAGCUAGUACAUGUUGCUAUGGUUUCUGGUGCUGCCCUUGCCUUGCCUGCACAGUUUCAAAUAGAUUUGGAGAAAGCUAUUGUCUCCCACUAUGUGACAUUUGCAGCCCUGCCGUAUUUGCAGCCUGUGGGAUACCUCUGUUUGUGCCUCCCGCCGUCCUGUCUCUAAGGGCAUCCAUUCGAAACAAAUAUGGGAUCAAGGGUUCUCUAUGUAAGGACAUCGCAGCAUCCUGUUUCUGCAUGUGGUGCUCCUGGUGUCAGAUGCACCGUGAGCUCAAACAUCGCAACAAAGCCCCGACUGUCAUCAAUGUACAGACCCCAACUGUUGUCCAGAUGCAACCUGCUCCAAUGAUGAUGGCUCCGCCCGUUGGUUUUGUGAGCCAAUCAAGCGUUAUCAUGGCUUCAUACUGA